UGUCGCAUAUCGAAGUUUUCUCAUCUCUAAACUAGAAAAACGCGAAAACGGAGAAUCGUAAACCUAAAGUUAAUUGCAAUAAUAAUACGAAUAAUUAUCAAAUAACUAAUUAAAAAUGACGGGUCGCGGUAAGGGUGGCAAGGGAAAGCGCGAGAAUGCUACCGAAGAUAGAGAUGAUUUCCUUGUGUACGCGGCCGAGAAAAUAAUCCAAAAGCGCGUUAGAAAGGGAAUUGUAGAGUAUCGCGUCAAGUGGAAGGGUUGGAACCAACGCUACAACACCUGGGAACCGGAGGUCAACAUCCUCGAUCGUCGUCUGAUAGACAUCUAUGAACAGAGCAAUAAAUCCUCGGGCACACCCUCUAAGCGUGGCCUCAAAAAAAAGGAGAAGGAACCUGAUCCGGAGCCGGAAUCCGAGGAGGAUGAAUACACAUUUACCGGCGACGAUGUGGAUACCAACCAGGCCACCACCUCUGCAGCUGGCCAGGAUCAGGAGGUCAAAAAGGAGAAGAAGCACCAUCAGCAUCAUCACCAUCACCAUCAUCACCACAUCAAGUCCGAACGAAGCAGCGGACGGCGUUCGGAAUCUCCGCUGACCCACCUUCAUCAUCACCACCACCACGACUCCAAGCGACAACGCAUGGAACACAGCUCCUCCUCAAACAGCAGUUCCACCCAUAAUUCCUUUGUUCCCGAGCCAGACACCAACUCAUCCAGCUCCGAAGAUCAGCCACUGAUUGGCACCAAGCGCAAGGCCGAGGUGCUUAAAGAAUCGGGCAAGAUUGGAGUGACGAUUAAGACCUCGCCAGAUGGUCCCACAAUAAAACCUCAACCAACACAGCAGUUAAUGACCAUCCAGCAGCAACAACAACAGCUUUCCCAGGAUCAGCAGCAAGCGGAGAAAAUAUCUAGCGAGGCAGUUACGCCACUUAAACCCGAACUGCAAGGCACAAAUCUGGCCCUAGAAGCCACAACUACCACUCCCGCAGAAUCUGGAGCCGAGGAAGAAGAGCUAGCUAUCGAGGAGGGUAACCAACAACCACAGGUUCCAGCUUCGGAGAACAACAAUAUACCAAAACCAUGCAACAACCUGUCUGUAAGCCAGAAGCAGCCACUAACUCCUCUUUCCCCGCGGGCCCUGCCGCCUAGGUUCUGGCUGCCGGCCAAGUGUAACAUAUCCAACCGCGUUGUCAUCACCGAUGUUACCGUCAACCUGGAGACCGUCACCAUACGCGAGUGCAAAACAGAGCGGGGUUUUUUUCGGGAGCGCGACAUGAAGGGCGAUUCGUCGCCAGUAGCUUGAGCUACGGCCCGAACAAAAGCCGGCAAAACGAAACGGAAACCUGAAACAAUUGUAAAUAGACAAACCAAAAUGGAAGAAACUUGAGAGGAGCACUAACAAAUCCACACUAGAUGUUGCUAAGCAUUUUCUCUUUAGGACUUAACUUAUUUAUUGUAUUUAUUUAUAGCAUAGAUAUUAGUUUGUUGUUUUAUUACAAUGUUUACUGUGCAAAAGUAGCUUGAGCAAGCGCAAGUCGCUCAUUUACUAAGAGGUUUUAAAUUGUAUACAAAUUUUUAUUUCAUUAUUUAUCAUCUCUUCAAUUUGUGAAUAUUUUUCCAUGUAAAUUAAGACUUUUAAUGUUUAUUUUAUAUUUGCAAUAUCUAAAAUUUUAAAAUCUGAAUAUCUUUUAGUGAAUGAACGAAGUGCUGCAACUGCUUAACUUGCCACUGCAAUAGAUUGUAAAACAUGCAGCAUAGAUACAUAUGUAUGUCGUACAUAUAUUUAUUUACCAUAUAUUGUAUAUUUUUCGAUAACACUUUGAAUCUGAUUGAGAACAACACAAGACACUCAUAUGCUACAAAACUCCAUGCGAAACCGAAGCAAUUGUUGAUUACGCUUGAUAUACAAUUAUAUACAACUAAUGAAGCAUA